AUGGCACCAACAAAAACAAUCAAUGUUAACUUGGCAAGGACAAAUCAAGUCGUUGACGUUGUAAGGCAACUACCAAAUGACCCGACCUAUAAACCCGAAGACGUCGUACACGUAUCUCUUUCAAUGUCACCAAAGGCCAAAAUUGAAAUUGCUUCCAUCGUAGGAAUAAUCCAAUAUUGUUGCGAUGUUGUCAUAUCGAAAGUUGUUCACGACGUUGUAUUCGACUUUUCGCGCAUUAUACUUCCCUUCACUUGGCCAAAUAAGACCAUACGCGAUAUUCUCUUUUCGAAACCCAAUGAUCCAGUUGCGAUUGAAUUGGUUAGCAAGGACUGUCGUUUAACAGUUUUCAAAAAGAAUGACCAUAAACGUAGAGACGACUGGUAUGACCACGUCAAGAACUGGAGGAAGGAUUUGCCACAGCGUUUCCAUUUAAUGUUGAACGAAUUGGUCGAGAACGUGUCAGCUCAUGCUCAACUUGAAGAAUCGAGGUUCGUCUUUACGGUUGGUUUGUUGUUUAGCGCAAAAAAGCAGCUCUUAUAUAGCAUCGCUGAUUGUGGCGUUGGUCUUAAAGGAUCACUUAAACAAGCGAUCGUAUCCGAAGCGAAACAAGUUUCCACUCGUGCCUGCGCAUUAAAUUUGACUCGCCCUCAAUUCACUUCAAAAGGUAUCGAACGAGGUCAUCAAGGCGUUGGACUUUUCAUCACUUCAGAAUUAUCACAAAUGAACAAAGGUUAUCUCGAAAUUCUCUCUGGAACUCAAGAAUACGAACAAACUGAUAAUACAGUCGUACGUAUUCGUGGCGUUGCCGAAUGGAGAGGUACAAUGGUUCACGGGGCAAUCAACCUCGAUAAAGAAUUUAAUUACCGUCAAGCGAUGAGAUUAUUUGCCGAUCCUUCCAAGCUUUGCAAAGACCGUUUCCUGGUCGCCAAUCUUCAUUUGAACGUUUAUGGUCAACGAUCCUUAAGAACAAGGGAACUUUGUGAGGAAAUCAUCCACGAUCUCGAACUUGCUGUUGAACGUUCACCAAAAAUCAUUUUGGAUUUCACUGAUAUUGAUGAAAUCAGUCAAGCAUUCCGAGGCUUCUUACGACAAUUUGUCGUCAAUAACUCUAAAGUAAAAAUCAUGAUCAUGGUACCUCCGACAGCAGAUGAAGAUUUGAAAGAAGAUUUGCAAGAGUUGGUCGAACUUGCCUCUCAAAAUUUAAUUGAAGAAUAA